AUGAAGCACGUUAGGUGUUCAGGCACGCCAUAUGAAAUAGGCCAACAGCACGGGCAAGCCGCCAAAACCGAGGUCCAUGGAAGCAUUGCUUUCUAUACCCAGUUUUUCGAGGACCGCACCAAACUCUCAUGGCUUCAGGUGCGCGACGUAGCACGGCGCUUCCUCCCUUGGCUGGAAACCUCAUAUCCCGAAUUUGUUGAGGAAAUGAAAGGGGUGGCUGAUGGAGCCGGCCUGGAUCUGGAGUCAAUAGUCGCCCUCAAUGUUCGCACCGAAAUCGCAUUUGGCAUGUUGAGUGAUGGCUGUACCGCAUUGGCUUGGAAGACAUCAGACGCCAGUUUCCUGGCCCAGAAUUGGGACUGGAGGUUCGAACAAAGUCCCAACAUAAUCUCACUCUGGAUCGAGCAAGCCCCCAAGCCGAGGAUACACAUGAUGACCGAAGGCGGCAUCAUUGGGAAGAUUGGCCUGAAUUCGGCUGGUGUCGGGGUUACACUGAACGCCAUCCAGGCACUGGGUGUCUCCUACAGCAAACUCCCAUGUCAUCUUGCCCUCAGGACCGUGCUUAACAGCACCUCCAGAGAAGCCGCCGCAAACACUCUUCGACAGAUAGGGGUGGCGUCAGCCUGUCACAUCACCAUCGCCGAUGCGUCCACGGGUGGCACAGGAUUCGAAUGUACGGCUCAUGAUAUCGUGGAAAUACCUAUGGACCAGAACGGGAUCUGCACUCAUUCAAAUCACCUGGUCAAACAGCACAAGGUAGAGGGGACACUGUUCGUCCAGGACUCUCCUUUCAGACUGGAACGCAUCCAAGAACUGAUCAGGGGGGUCAACAAACCGUCUGUACAGAACCUCGGUGAGAUCUUGAAGGACGAAAAGAACUAUCCAGCUGCCAUCUGCCGAGCUCUGGGUGAGAAAAGUACCAGCGCAACGCUGUUCUCCAUCGUGAUGGACUUGAAGCAAGGCUUCGCAAGGGUGAAGAUGGGACGACCGACUGAGGACGGGGCAGUGUUUGAGUUGAAUCCAUGA